GUGGAGCUCACUGCUUGCCAUCAGUCAGCUCGUAGAAGGCAAGCAAGCAAGUGAACACAACUCAACCGUUGAGAAAAGCGCAAAAGCAAACUUCAAGAGAAAGAUUCAGUUUAUCACAGUUCAGUGCUAAAAACCCAGUGUAGAAGUGAACAAUCAGAAAACAUCAUGGUUCUGAUUCCGACAAUCCUGUUCAGUGAUAUGUGGGAUGGCCGCAUGGACAGUCCUCUCCGAUCAUCGCAAGUCCCAUUCAAACAAUUUGGCAGAGAUCCGUUUUCCGGCGGGAUCUUGGUGACUUUCGACAAUAGCCCGGAAUCAUGUGACCGGAAGCCAUGCUGCCGCCGUCCAAGUCAGCAGCGCAAAAAUGAAGAAAUGAAGCCAAAAGUUGCGGAGAAACCAGCCGAAGAUUUCCAAAUCAGUUUGGAUGUCCAGGACUUUCUGCCCGAAGAUAUAUCGGUGAAGGCAACCAAACAGUUCGUCAUUGUCGAAGCAAAGCACGAGGAUAAGGACGCUGAACAUGGUUACGUUUUCAACCACUUCGUGAGGCGAUACCAACUUCCUGAGGGGCACGAUAAUGAACGAUUAGAAUCAACACUUUCUUCGGAUGGAGUACUGACGAUUAGGGCACCUGUGUUAGCGCUCCCCGAACCGGACAAAGAACGUACGGUGGUGAUAAAUCAGGAAAAGGCAUCGAUACCAAGCGAGAAAUCAGAAGAAUCUAAGGAGAAAGAGAAUUUUACUUUAGAGGAUCUAGAUGAGUAAAUAAGUUAAUAUUGCAUUUAGCCUAACCAAUAUUUCUAGUCUAGGUAGGAAUAUUUCACUGGUAGCUAUUUACAAUGUACAAAUUAUUUAUUUAUUCAUAGACUGAAAAUAAACAAUUGAUUUUUUUGUAUCCUAAUA